GCAAAAACUAUCUCAAAACGAAAUAAGAUUAAUAUUAAAAGAAAAUGAAUAUUUACAAAGGGAAAAUGAAGCAUUAAAAAAUCUAAUUGAAAAAUUAGAAAGUCAAAUUGAAGCAGAAAGACAAUAU